UUGACUGUUGUUACUGUAGUAUGUACGCACUUAAUUCUUGGGCCUUUGAAGUAGAAACUUAUGUUGUAGAGAGGAUUAGGAUAAUAGUAUUGCCUAUUCAGUGUGAUCAAUACAUUUUUGUCAAAUAAAUCGUAAAACUUAAAAAAAAAAAUGAUAAUAUAAUGGCUGACGUUACUGAAGAUAUGUGCGCUGCUGUAGACGAUAAGUUUGUCCAAGAUAUUUUGGAAAACGAUUACGGUUUUAUUAAUGGGCAAGCUCGAAAAUUGGAUGGUUACGAUGACAAGAAUUUUCAUAUUACAAACGCAAAAAGUUGUUCUGAAGGAAUUAAAUUCCCGUCCGAAGGAGUAGUGAUAAAGUUUGUCAAUUCUGUAGAUGCAGCCAAUAUUUCGUUAAUGGAAGCGCAGACAAAACUGAUGCAACAUUUAAGUGACUCCGAAAUUCAUUUUCCUACACCAAUAUUAAACAAAAAUGGACAAGGCUAUCGAAGUCUGGUUAUAAACGGUAAAACACACGUUGUUCGCAUGUGUAAGUAUAUCGAAGGCAUCACACUAGAAAACAUUCAAUUAGACAACGAUUUGGCAGACAAUUUCGGAUCGUGCGUUGGAUAUUUGACAAACAAAUUUCGAACUUUCGACCACGAAGGGUUUCACAGACAGGAGCACAUUUGGGCUCUGGAAAAUGCAGCCGAUUUGCUCAAGUUUAUUGAUGUUUUCGACGAACAAAACCAAAGAGACAUGAUUGAAAACGUUCUAAAUAAAUUCCAAAGCUCAGUGCUCUCCCAUAAGGACCUGUUGGAAAAAAGUAUCAUUCACGGUGACCUUAGCUUCAACAACAUUAUCGUGAAAGACAAAAAAAUAAGAGGAGUCAUCGAUUUUGGCGACGUGGUAUGGUCUCUCACGUUUUUCGAAUUGGCCGUUUCGUUGUGUUAUUUGAUAAUGCAAGAGUUUAAAAACGACAACCCGAGCCUAUCGAAUGUGGCUAUUCGGCCUUUUAUAAAAGCUUACCAACGGCAUAGGUCCCUCAGCGAUUUGGAACUGUCGCUGUUACACACGAGCGUGUGUGCCAGAAUAUGCCAGAGUCUGGUGUUGGGAAAGAAAACAAGCCUAAGAGAUUUGACCAACCUGUACGUGCUGUCGACCCAAAACAACGGAUGGAAAGCACUGACAAGUUUAUUAGACAUCAGCGAAGAACAGUUCGCCGAACUCGUCUUACUAGAAUGA